GCGACUUGAUUGGACCUAAAUUGACUAUACCGCGUUACCCGUACUAACAAUCGAGGUUACACAUGUAGCUUCCGUUAAGGUUAGCAAACACCCUCCCCAUUUCACACCGGUGUACUCUCUCUGGUCGCUCAGGAAUCUAAACUUAUUCACAUCUGUCGACUUACACUCAAGCUGGGACUAACUCAAGUGAUUUUGUCAAAGCCUAUAAUGAAAGGAAGUGUCGUCUUGUGUCUCAUGUUGGUGGUUCUGACAGCAGCAACCAAAGAACGACUGACAGACAUGGACAACAAAGACGAAGAGGAGUUCUGCAGUAGGGAAACGUGUGGAUCGAAGGUGACCAUGGACCAAAAUAACGAUAUUGUCUUUAAUGACGCCUCAUGGUCCGUCCACGUGACCACUGGGCCCGUUCUUGGUCGCGGGGAGGCAUCGGACUGUUUAAGUGAAGACGACUUAGGUGCCGUUCGCCUGUGUCGUGACUGGCCGCGGUACGGCAAGGUAGUGGUUCGGGAGGUGGCGGCGACAAGAGGGCUGGCUUGUCAUCAGGUCACGUGGGUACAAAUCAGUCGAGAUUUCUCUCCAAUUGACUGCAUCAGCAUGACACACGCGCACUGGUUCGGAGGGGCGGAGCUUCAUAAUCAACGAUGGCCAAUCAACAACAUGGAGAUCCCCAUGCAGCCGUUUGUACCAGAAGAUUUAUAUGUACGCCAUAAAUCGUUCGGAAAUGUCUUGGAACCUUUUUGGGUCAAUUCAGAAGGACUUGGAAUUGUGGUGAGUGAUGCUUCACCAAUCCAAGUUAGUGUCAACGAGGAUCAGUCAGGCAAAAUUUGUUUCAGUGCAAAUAACUCACAAAGUUACACUAUGUACACAAACAAUCACCUGGAGUAUACCAUUUGUAAAGGCAAACAUAUCUUAGACGUCGUUCAGUCAAUGUCUAGGAUGGCAUUUGAUCUUCCAAUAGGUAUACCUGAUUUUCGAAUGGUACGAAAGCCAAUAUGGUCAACGUGGGCCCGGUACAAAACACUAAUAAACCAGUCCAAGGUUUUGGACUACGCCAGGGAGAUAAAAGAAUUCGGAUAUCCCAACAGUCAGUUGCAGAUUGAUGAUAUGUACACAGUAUCGUACGGGGAUCUCGACUUCGAUCCAAUCAAGUUUCCAGAUCCAAGCGGAAUGAUUCAAACCCUUAAAGACAUGGGUUAUCGCGUAACGGUUUGGGUACAUCCAUUCGCGAAUCUUGAUUCCGAGGUGUUCCGGGAGGGCGUCGACCAAGGGUACUGGGUAAUGGACAUAAGUGGACAGGUUCCUGCUCUAGUCAGAUGGUGGCAAGGGAUAGGUGCGAUUCUCGACACGACAAACCCCGAGGCGGCCGAAUGGUUUAUCAACAGACUUAAAACUAUGCAGCAGGAAUAUGGUAUCGAUUCUUUCAAGUUUGAUGCCGGCGAAAUGACAUAUCUACCAUCAUCAUACAAAACAUAUAGAACACUGAAAAAUCCGGGGUACUACAUUAAGGCAUUUGUCGAUAUCGUCAGUAAAUUUGGUGACAUGAUAGAAGUCCGAUGUGGUUUUAAAAGUCAAAACCAUCAAAUAUUUGUUAGAAUGGCCGACAAAGACUCCAAAUGGGGAUACGACAAUGGCCUUAAAGCCCUUAUACCGACAGCCUUAACGUUAGGUCUCCUAGGCUACCCCUACAUACUACCCGAUAUGAUUGGAGGCAAUGGCUACGGGGAGGUUAUAGGGGUCGAUGUGGUACUUCCGGAACGUGAACUGUACAUCCGCUGGCUCCAGCUGACGGCUUUUCUUCCUGCGAUGCAGUUCUCUUUUGUCCCUUGGGACUACGAUGACGAGGUUAUGGACAUAGCGUUACAUUAUGUCAAGGUUCACGAGCAAAUAGUUUCACCCAUCUUAUUGCGAGCCGCAGAGGACUCCCAACUAUCCGGCGCACCCCUUAUCCGCCCCCUGUGGUGGAUCGCUCCGGAGGACCAGACCGCCGUCACUAUUGAUUCCGAGUUCCUUGUCGGGGACACACUCCUGGUGGCUCCUAUACUAGAGAACGGACAAAGGAAGAGAGACGUUUACCUCCCGAAAGGGACAUGGGUGGAUAAUCUUACCGGCGAAACAGUGGAAGGAGGCAAAUGGCUACCGGAUUAUGAAAUUGACCUAAAAGACAUCGCUACAUUCAACAGAAUUGAUAUUAAAUAAAAAUAAAGAUGGAAAAGUAUGUUCUUCUGAAAAUAUCAACAACACAGAACACAGUAGAACAAUUGAGCUUGUUUUCGUUUGAGAUAGACGUAGAUAUACAGGCGAGUCUUUCAGUAUACCUUGUAAUAUACAAACAUGACAUUAAGAUAUAGAUCAACGAUUCAGUAUAUUGUACAUAACGUUAAUAUUAAGGUGAACAUUUCAGUAUAUUGUAAAAUUGCAUUAAUAUGAAUAUUCCGGUAUAUUCAUGCUUUUAACUCAGUCUGACCUUAGUUUAAACAAACGAAUAGUCAAUAUCGUUAAGUGCACUAAGGUCCCAGUAUGUCAUAGUCAUCAAACAUCUAUUGAGGUGUCUGGUAAUGCCAAGGUCUACGGUCUUAAAACCGUGCAUGUACCAAGGAUGCUCCCCGAGAUGUAAUGCCAAGGGCUACGGGCUUAACACCGGGCAUGUACCAAGGUACUC